AUGACAGGAUCAAAUCAAAAAUAUAAUUAGAUAUUGUUUAAUGUAUUAUAUAAUUUUAAAUAACUUAGCAUUUACAAAAGAAUAUGAGAAUCUAAUAAAAUAUUAAAACAAUGAAUUUAAUGAAUUUAACACUGAAGUAUUAUAAUAAUAAUAAUAACGAUAUAUUUAGUUACUAAGAUAUCUAUAAAAUUCCAGCUUAUAUAAGAGAUCCUUUUAUUUAUAAUUUAAAUAUAACGUAUUUUUAAAGUUUAUGA